AUGCCUCCUAAAUUAUCCCUCGGACUAAACCUCCCCGGCAAGAAACCCCCCGGGGCGCGACCCCCGCCAUCGCUAGGCCAAAAGCGCAAGAAGACCAUCUUCGACGACGACUCGGACGAAGACGCAGCAGCAGAGAGUAAAGGCAGCGGCGACAACGCAGUAGAGAUUACCAGCAUCGGGGGCCUAGAAGAACCCGUCCAACCAGCCCCAUCAACCAAAUCCCCAUCCACAGCGCCUCCACCCGCAAAGCGCAAGAUCCCAUUCGGACAACAAGCGGCCGCCAAACCCAGCGCGAAGCCACUAAACAAGAGCUCCAUCUUCGCCGACGACGACGACGAUGACGAUAACACCAACAACACAAGUGAACAACUCGACAAAAACACCGGAGUCCAAUUCGGCCUAAACCCCAGCAAACCCAGCACAGCAGAAUACACCAACCUCUCCGCCCUCCACAGCAGCCGCAAACACGCGCAACAAGCCGAAGACCUCGACCCCUCAAUCUACUCCUACGACGCCGUCUACGACAGCCUCCAAGCCGCGAAGCCCCAAAAGAACAAAAAGAAGGACGGGGCAGAAGGCGAAGAAGAAGUCCCACGCUACAUGACCUCCCUCCUCCGCAGCGCCGAAGUGCGCAAGCGGGACCAGCUGCGCGCGCGAGACCGCAUGUUAGCGAAGGAGCGCGAGGCAGAGGGCGACGAGUUCGCGGACAAGGAGAAGUUCGUGACGGCCGCUUACAAGGCGCAGCAGGAGGAGAUGAGGCGGGUGGAGCAGGAGGAGGCGGAGAAGGAGCGGGCGGAGGCCGAGCGGCGGAAGAAGAACGGCGAUGUGGGGAUGUUGGGCUUUUACCGCGAUGUGUUGUCGAGGGGUGAGGAGGAGCAUGCCGCUGCGAUGCGUGCGGCGGAUGAGGCUGCUAAGAGGGUGAAGGAGGGGGUUGCUGGGACGGAGGAGGAGGAAGAGGCUAGGAAGGAAGCGAGCAAGGAGAAGACGGAGGCGCAGGUGGCUGCCGAGUUGAAUGCGCGUGGGGCUCGCGUUGCUGUCAAUGAUGAGGGUAGCGUGGUGGACAAGCGCCAGCUGCUCUCUGCGGGCCUCAACGUGGCGCCUAAACCGAAGGCGGCGCCCUCGGCGGCGCCGGGUGGUGGAGCUGCCCGCCCGGCAGCCAAGGCGCGGGUUGACGGGGCGCCAGCGUCGGGUCGUGCGGGCCAGCGCGCGCGCCAGACGGAGAUGAUCGCGGCGCAGCUGGAGAAGCAAGCUCAGGAGGAGGCGGCGGCCGAAGCGGCGAAGCAGAAGGAGCUGGAGGAGCGCAGUCGCAGUCGCAAGAGUGGUACCGAUGUCUCGAGUGCGCGCGAGCGGUUCCUGGCGCGGAAGAAGGAGCGGGAGGCUGCUGCUAAGGGUAAAUAA